UUGUGUUCGGGUUUUACUUUUCUAUCAAAGCCAUACGGGGAAAUUCCGCGUUGACAUGACUAUUCCUCAGCUUCAGACAAAAUUGCUCGUCGUUUUCGCUGGAUCUUUAUUGGUGGCCGUGUAUCUGUGGGACCGCGAUGGAAGUGGAUUCCACGUACCGCCAAACCCACUCAAUUACGUGGAAGAGGGUGACGACAGGGUGAUGCAUCGCUCGAAGCGAAACGCCCUUGGAAACCGACUUCAGGCUAUCUACCAGCAAUUUUCUAAAGCGGAUUCGUGCUGCCCCAUUCCGCAGUUCAUCCCCAAUGAUGCGCAUUCGGCGUGCAGACAAUUCAUGAAAUUGACGAUGCAAAAAGCGAAGAAAAACGCCUACUGGUUCAACCAAGUCAAACCAGUUUUGCUUUCAAGUACCUCUAAAAAAACCAGCAAAAAAUCAGGCCGGCAAACCGGAGACUCUCAAAAAGUGACGCUUGACUUUGUGUGCUACUUGGAUUGCAUGUUUACCUACCUGCAUCUGAUAAAUAAUGCCGCGAUGAAUCUUUCGAUGAUAGAAUAUAUGUUCGUGGAAACCAACACGAUGGACGCUACGUGGGAACCGAAAAUCAGGCAGGCCGUCUACACGUGCGAACAACCCUCGGCGUGUAUUUCACCUGAAACUGUCAGGGUGAACAAGAAAUUCUGCUCUUUAAAGCCUACAAUCAUGUUCAACUGCGUGACCCAGCAACUGUACGCGAACUGCAAGCAAAAGAACACGUACACGUGCAACACUGCCAUGGCGCAGGUCAGAAAGAUGAACGUGUUUAACAACUGAUUUUAUUUGUACAGAUGAAGUGUAAAAAUAAAAAUUAUAAAACUGU